AUGUAUGUAUGUAUGUAUGUAUGUAUGUACGUAUGUAUUAGACUAUAACUUUACACUUUGCUAUCAGCUCUCAUCACCUGAGAUUCAAUAUAUUGAAUCGAUAGUAUUAUCAUAGUACUAUCAAUAUGCUACUUAUUUUCAUAGACAUAGUAUCAGCAGCAGCUAUUUUUGUGUUUUGCAUUGAGGAGCCUAAACUUUGCAGUCAUUUGCUGCUGAAGCUGAAGUGAACUGCUCCUUGUUAUAAUUUAAUAGGAGAGUUAAAAUCAUUUAUUUACGCAGGCCAUUCAGUCUUUCAGUUGAGGUUUACACAUUUUUAUUCCACACGGUUAUUUGUAAAGUCUCUAAAGCCAUAAAUAGGAAUCGGCUUCAUAUAAUUUUUUUUUAAAAUAAAUGCAUUUUAUCUUGUGCUUGGUAUGAAGUUAUCCACCAGUUGUAACCAGAUAUUUAUGUUCCUAUAGUUAAACCAAAAUUAGAUUAGAUCUAAUAUUUUUCUGUCAAAGUUUAUUAUUUUUGUCUUUAUUAAUAUGAUGGUAACUAUAGCUUUCCUCAAUGAGGUGUUUGCAUUACCUGAAUUUCAUAUAAUAAGCCCAAGUUUUAACAUUCCAAAAUUUUUAAAAGACAAGAUUCCAGAAAACAAUUGUAUGCCUCAAUCCUCCAAAGUUAAUAUCCUCAGGUUGGAUAAGCCAAAAUGUAGGACCAGAUGGUGUCAUGUCUGCAUCCAUCUCUGUUGGUUCAAACUGUCAUAUCCAUAUAAUUGUAAAUGCAAAUUACUUAUAUGAGAAAUGCAUUGCAAAUUAGUAACAGCAAUCCUUCAGCUGGUUUGCACAGCAGGAUACCUGGGGUCCAUGCACAAAAGGCUCUUUAUCACACAAAUUAUCUACUAGCCAGCAUUAGGGCAUAUGCAACAAUGGAAACAAGUAAUAUUUUUUUGUUAUUUAGUCAUGCUCAUCAUCAUGUCAUGCCACCUGCACUCUAGCUGUCAAACACAUCAUUUAAUUGUCUUCAGCUCUCAGGAAUACCAGAGGAGCCAGAAUGUCUUUGAAUUGAGAACAUUCAGAUCCAUCAGCUGUGUUUAUAUUAUGUGUUGAUCCCUAGGUAACUGAACCAUGAUCUAAUGAAUGAUCCCAAUUCAUUAGACACAGAACCAAAAAUUAACUACACAGUAAGACACAGGUUAUUUAAACAUAUUUUGUCCUAGUGCAUUUGGCAAACAAAAUCUUUUAUCAAUAUAUCACAACCUAAUGCCUUGAGAAGAUUGCAGCCUAUAAGAAAUUUAAUGAGAGAUCUUAGAAAAUACCAAUGGAUCUUCAAGGGUAGGCAUUUAUGUUUGGGCUCUCCAUCAAUUUGAAGUUUAUUAAUCACAGUCAGAUAAUGAUUGUCCAUGAUAAAUAAAUCACUGGCUUCAAUAAUUGAGACUAAACCUGUGCAAAAAUGAGGCCUAGUGAAUAAAUCCUGCUUCUGCUGAACUCGGAGUGAUACACACAUGGUUGUAAUAGAGGCAGUUGUGGCAAUACACUUUAGAGCAUAUUUCUGUACAUUUCUGCAAUUAUGCAUUACUAAACAUCCAGCAAAUAUGACAGCUGUCCAAUUAAACUAACACACAUUCCCUAUGUUUUUGUCUUUAAGAGCAUGGGAGUUAAGGAUUUUUGGGUGAAAAUAAUAAUUAUUCCAUAUGAAUAUGCCUUCACAUCUCAUAUUUUUUAAAAAAUAAUCCAAAAUUAAGUAUUCACAACUUGAGUUAUUUUAUCCUAUGCCAUCUUAAUGCUAACAAAAAUGUAGAACUGGAAGAAGAACCAGAAGAAUAGAAAUGUAUGAUUCCUAUCUAUAUUUUAAUAAGAGAGGUAAUACUUUUUUCAUACCAGGAACUGAUAUCUAGCUUGAUGAUAGAUACUUUGAGCUAUAGGUCAGGUUCUAUUGCCUGUUGACUCUUUUUAUUUCCAUUAUAUUUGAAAACCAAAAUUUGUCCUUGAAACUUAUUGGGAAUGUUAACAGAUUUUAUAAUUGGGCUGGAUAGAUUUGGGUAUUCAGAUUGCACACUAAACCAGAAAACUGGAAGUGAUUUUUUUAUUGAAAACUACUUGCAGUGCCUUAUUUAAAUUAAGCCAAGAAGCACAUCAUGCAAAUUGAAAAGCUGAAGGCUUCACCUUGAUAGAUGGAUGCAUUGACUGAUCCAACUUUCCUGUUUUCUGUUGUAGCACCUGGUUAUAUGUUUUGAAUAUUUGUAUAAAUACAUUAUUGAUUUCUUCUACCAAAGAAAGGGGACAGUUAAUGAGGCUGGGGCAAACAUCAGAUUAUUGUCAGCUAAGCCUUUUGCACCCCAAUUCAUAUUUCUGAAGAAAUGCCUAAAUUUUGUUCUGAACAUUAAAACUUGUGACAUUUUGAUACAAAUAAACAGGCAACAACCGCUACCCCCCUCAUUUGCACUGAUGAUGUUACCUAGUUGGGUAAUGAAACAUCUGCAAGCAAUCAAGCUCAGAGAGCAUCAAAAACAGUUCAACCCUUAGCUAUUCAGACACUCUUUUCUACAGGAAUGUAAUUGUCAAAAUGGCUAUCAAAACUAGAAUUACUUGGUUUAGGGAGCUGUGGUUUUCCUUUGGCCUCAAGUCCUUCCCUCUCUCCGGGUUUUUCUUGCUUACGACUGUGGUAUAGGCAUGAGUGGGGAUCAGCUGCAUAACGACUCCCAGAUUGAUCCAGAUUUCCGAGCGAAUGAUUCGCACAAACAUAAAGAUAAACACAAAGAUAGAGAACAUCGACACAAAGAGCACAAGAAGGAUAAAGACAGAGAAAAAUCCAAGUACAGUAACAGUGAACACAAAGAGUUUUCAGAGAAGAAACACAAAGAGAAGGAGAAAACCAAACAUAAAGAUGGUAGUUCAGAAAAACAUGACAAACACAAAGACAAACACAAAGAUAGAGAGAAGGAGAAGCGAAAGGAAGAAAAGAGUAAAUCAUCUGGUGAAAUGAAAAUAAAGAAAGAAAAGGAAAAUGGCUUCUCCAGUCCACCACGUAUAAAGGAAGAAAUAGAUGAUGAUGGCUAUUAUAAAGAAGAUUACAAGAGAUCCCGAGAGGAUCAUGAUAUUGACUACAAACUUAAGAAGAUUAAAACCGAAGAUGUAAAAAAAUCAAAAAAACGAAAACAGGAAGAUGAAGAGGAGAGCAAACCGAAGAAAAUAAAGAGCAAAGAUAAGAAGCCCCCAGGAGAUAUGAAAAAGAAAAAAACAAAAAAAGAAGAGGAACAAAAAUGGAAAUGGUGGGAAGAAGAACGCUAUCCUGAAGGUAUUAAAUGGAAAUUCUUGGAGCACAAAGGUCCUGUGUUUGCUCCACCAUACGAACCGAUGCCUGAAAAUGUCAAAUUCUACUAUGAUAGUAAAGUCAUGAAACUCAAUCCUAAAGCAGAAGAGGUUGCAACUUUCUUUGCAAAAAUGCUUGAUCAUGAGUAUACUACAAAGGAUAUCUUCAGGAAAAACUUCUUUAAAGACUGGAGAAAGGAAAUGACUCCAGAAGAAAAGGGAAUUAUCACCAGCCUCAGCAAAUGUGACUUUGAUCACAUGAGUCAGUAUUUCAAGGCCCAAACAGAAGCUAGAAAGCAAAUGACCAAGGAUGAAAAGCAGAAAAUUAAAGAAGAGAACGAGCGGUUAUUAAAAGAAUAUGGUUAUUGUAUCAUGGAUAACCAUAAGGAAAGAAUUGCCAACUUUAAGAUUGAGCCUCCAGGUCUCUUCAGAGGGCGUGGUAACCAUCCCAAAAUGGGCAUGCUGAAGCGACGAAUAAUGCCUGAAGACAUCAUCAUCAAUUGUAGCAAGAAUUCUAAAGUCCCUCCUCCUUCUCCUGGACAUAAAUGGAAAGAGAUUUGGCAUGAUAAUAAAGUAACCUGGCUGGUAUCAUGGACUGAGAAUAUUCAAGGAUCUAUUAAGUACAUCAUGUUGAAUCCCAGCUCUAGAAUCAAGGGUGAGAAAGACUGGCAGAAAUACGAGAUAGCUCGGAGAUUAAAGAAAUGCGUUGAUAGGAUUUGAAAUCAAUAUCGAGAAGAUUGGAAAUCCAAAGAGAUGAAAGUGCGGCAAAGGGCUGUGGCAUUGUACUUCAUUGACAAACUUGCUCUGAGAGCUGGCAAUGAGAAAGAAGAAGGAGAGAUUGCUGACACAGUGGGCUGUUGCUCCCUCCGUGUGGAACAUAUUAAUUUGCAUCCAGAAUUAGAUGGUCAGGAAUAUGUAGUAGAAUUUGAUUUCCCCGGAAAAGACUCCAUAAGAUACUAUAACAAAGUACCUGUUGAGAAAAGGGUAUUUAAGUUAUUCAUGGAGAAUAAGCAGCCAGAAGAUGAUUUAUUUGAUAGACUUAAUACCAGCAUUUUAAAUAAGCAUCUUCAAGAUCUUAUGGAAGGGCUGACAGCUAAGGUAUUCCGAACAUAUAAUGCCUCUAUUACACUACAGCAACAACUGAAGGAACUGACAACCUCGGAUGAUAACAUCGCAGCAAAGAUCCUGUCUUACAACCGUGCCAACAGAGCUGUUGCUAUUCUUUGCAACCACCAGAGGGCACCUCCAAAAAUCUUUGAAAAAUCCAUGAUGAAUUUACAGUCCAAGAUUGAUGCCAAGAAGGAACAGUUGGCCGAUGCCAAGAGAGAACUAAAAAGCGCCAAAGCUGAUGCCAAGAUCCGAAGGGAUGAGAAGUCUAAAAAGACUGUGGAAACUAAGAAGAAGGCUGUACAAAGGGUGGAGGAACAGCUGAUGAAACUGGAAGUUCAAGCAACAGACCAAGAGGAAAACAAGCAAAUAGUCUUGAGUACCUCCAAACUAAAUUAUCUGGAUCCUAGAAUUUCUGUUGCUUGGUGCAAGAAAUUUGGAAUACUGAUAAAAAAAAUAUAUAAUAAAACUCAACGAGAGAAAUUUGCCUGGGCAAUUGACAUGGCAGAUGAAGACUUCGAGUUUUAAUGUGAUUUUAAUGGGCUGGAUUUUAUGGAAGAAAAUGAGCGUAGUUCUUUAUUUCGGGUUUGGAGGAAAUAUUAUAGAAGUGAUUUUAAAAUCCCAUUAUGGGCUAUA